AUGUUUCAACCACCUGCCAAGUUCAUUGAUCUUGUAUCAGAGCCAAUCAAUACCACUGAAUGGCCACUACCACAAGUUGACAACACCAUACCUAAAUUCAACUAUGAAGUUAUCACAGUCAGCAAACAAGUGUCACAAAUUCUCGUUCAUCAGUUGAAAACCACAUCAAUUGAGAUAGGUCUUCAUCCCAAGUUUGCAUCUGUCAUUGUUUCUGAAAAGUAUUUUGUCAAUGCCAAUUACAAAACAGUUAAAGCGGCAAAGCUGUGGAAUUCGUACUUGGAUUAUAUUGCAUCAGGUCAAGUUUGUCAACCGAUAAAACCACCACCAUUCAACUUGCAACGUAUGCCUCAUAGAGAGUUUGCCUUCUUGGAAGAGCCUAUACUGGAGUGCGCUGUGGAGCCUCUACAUGCAACUAAACCUAUACAACUUAACCCCACUUUGAAUUCAAUAUUUGUUCCAACACCAGUGAUUUUACAACUACCACAAGUUCCUAAAGAGCCUACUAUAAAAGUAUGGGACACCAAUGACAAAAUUAGUUUGUUUGACAUAAUUGAGCAAAGGAUAGAUUCCAAAUUACCUCCCCUAGAACGUGAUUUCGGCACACUCCUACCACAUCAACUCAACUUGGUUAACCGGUACUCCAUUGGAAUUGAUUGUGCGACGAUUUUCCCAAACAAGAGCGACGACCAAAUAUUUCAAUUUCAAUUGGCCAACUGGGGUGCUCCAAGCUUGACCCAUCAUUUCAAUACUCAUGAUUUAAAUAUGUUUUUAUUUGAACGGGAAAUCACUCGUAGCAGAAAGUAUAUGGUACAACCGACAGCAACGGCAAAUCCAAAACAAGACAAACCAGCCGAAUAUUUUCUUCAACUAUAUUUGGAUAAACGUUUUAACAACAAGUCAUGGCAUUUGAACAAAUAUCAACUCAUUGUGGAAAUGGAAUGGAAACCGAUAACUGCCGAUAUCAAAACUUUGCAAAGUCAAUUUCUUGAAGAGGUUUUGGAUGCUAAAAUCGAUCCACUGAUUGAGCCGAUCACCACCGCUCAUGACAUCAAGUUGAACCCAUUUGUUGUUGAAAACACAUUUGUUUUGGACUACCCUCAAUUGCAAGAACAAACAACAACAACGGCUCGACCCGACGUUGACAAUGGAGCUACUAAUUUAGCAACGUACCACGAUGAUACUGAAGCAUUGGUGCAUUUGGUGGCGACAAAGAAACGCAAGUUGAAUACAAAAGAGGUUGACAUACCACAAGAACUAGCCUUGCUUCUGUUCUUACACCCUAAAAAGGAAGCCCGAAAGGAGGAAGAUAAAGAAAAAGCUCCCGAAAACACAUCUACAGAGUCUAAAAUCCCUCAAUAUAGUGUCUUUUUCGACUCUUCUUUCAACGAGUCAACGAAAGAGUACCAAUUUCCACCUAAACAAUAUAUUGCAUUAUCACAAUCAUUUUGGAACAAGGAUUACACGUUAGCUAAAAGUUUGAGUGAGAAAAUAAGUGUUCUUGAAGUCAAGUUUAGCCAUGCCGUCGAUAUCGUCAUUAAUACUACUUCAGCAAUAUACAUAACCGCAGCAGACUUGCUCAUCCAAGGAGAUGGGAAAUCAACUAAUUUCCUAAUUCUCAAAGAAGUUUUGACCAUGAAACAACAUUUUCAUAAAUUGUACAUUGUUGCGGUCGUCAAUACCGCGUCAUUUGUUGCAAAUGCCGGAAUCAAAUUGCAAACAUUACAAUUGAUAUGUCUUGGCUUGAAUAUUAAACUACUCUUUGUGUCCAAUGAAGACGCUCUACUCUGGCUAUUGGAAAUCAUUGAACUGGAACCACCGCAAUUCGUUGAUGAACCAGUAGAUUUGGAUAAUCAACAAUAUGGGUUAUUGUGUGAAUGUGGAUUGACAUAUUUCCAAGCACAGGAGAUUUUGCAGAGGACAUCACUAGAGGCGUUCAUUUCCAGUAGUGUAGAUGAAAAGUUGAAAAAGUUCAAAGAGUUGGUAACUCCUGAGUUAUUGAAAUCUGUUAGACGUGUUUUGGUUUAG